CAGUUGUUGUCCGAAUUUUUAUGCAUUUUGAGUUUAAUCCAGUGAAAAUUUAUGGAAAAGCAGCCAUAAAACUGCUUCCAAGUGUCUCGGAAAUUUGCCAAACUUCACCCCUGUUUACAUGUCAUGAAAACUGAAAAGCCAAAUCACAGAGGUUACUCUGUAAUCUGUGACUGAAAAGUUAUAUGAAAAAGUAUGGUUAUGUAGGGUUAGUUUGAAGUUUUCAAAGUGAGUGCCUCAAAAAAUGAGGCUAAUUUUCUUAAAAAGGAUCAUUGCCCCUCGGGCUUGGUUGCAAGCGAGAUCGUUUUCCUCGCCGGCUGUACAAGAAGAUGAUGAAUAUACCGCCAGUCCGCAAUACCCCCCCAUUCUGGAUUUAUCCUAUAAAAAGAAGCUGGACCGCAGGUUUGAGGAAAAUAGUACUGAGAUUCGAAAUGUUAAAACCGUGGAGGAGAAACAGCUGAAACUGAACAUGCCCCGGUAUUACGGUUUUAAGACCUUCGUGUUUCAUGAAGACCACAUUCCUUAUAAUUGCUUGCCAAUAGCGCAGCAUAUAACUAAAACUCAUUUAAUACAAGGCAAAGAACUGCCGGCAUAUUACCAGAAUGUUUCUACAGAAAACCUCGAAACUAUCGCCAAAGAUAUCGAAGAAGCUGUUUUGAUGGAACUGGAAGGAAUCAGGAAAUCUUAUGAGCUGAGAGAGGAAAAUCUAGAGGAUCAUGACAAGGCAAACUUACACGCAUCUGCAAUAGUAAAGAGCCUGAGUAGAAUCCUGAACAACAGCUUAGCCCAUCAGUAUCCACAUAUCGCGGACAGUCAGGUGGACAUUGAGCCUAGAUUGGAAGCAGCCUGGCGAGUUGGAGGAAUGGUUCCACCUAAUGAAGUGAAAAGGGUGCGGGCCGGACACCAUUUUUUCAAACAAUUCGAAAAUGACCCCAUUGAUAGAGUAAUUGGCUACCUGGGUGCCCCAAUCUUAACCCUAAGAUCGCAGUUACCGUUGCCUAGCAUCAUAUCUGCUUCGGAAGCAGAAAAUCCUGCUUUGGAAGUGCCAUUUUUCAAAUAUGAUCCGCGUGUCAUCGGUAUCCCAGUCGAAUAUCGACACGCCGCCAAUAUCCCAGGCUUCUGGCCUGGCGACUCCCAUACGUUUGGGCUAAUAUCCUUUCUGAAAACUGGGCAUUUGAAGAAACGAUCGGUAGUUUAUCCAGGAGAAGAGAAUGUUACCGAAGCACUGAACGUGCAGGGCGUUUUGGCUUCGUAUGCUUGGUUGCACUCCCAAGCCAACUAUCUAGGUUUUACAACUUUAAACGAUCUAACUUACCCGCUUGUAACCCAAACUGUGCUCACCAACGGACAGGAUUUCAAGUUUUUCACCUACCAGCUGAACACUCUUCUAAUGCACGGUAAUCACACUACAGAGAACCCGAAAAGGAACGUUUGCUGGACUACGGAUAACGUGAAAUUAUACGCCGAAAUCAAUGACGGAAAAAUAGUGGGACUGAACGAGGAUGUUCUGAAGAUGCUGCUGCAAUUUUACGGUAACGCCCCUGCAGAGAGACUGGGAAUUAAUAUGAGGCCAUAUUUGAGCCAGGAAGAGAAAAUUAUUGCUGAUUAUGAGGAUGAUGACAAACGACAAUGGCUGGAGAGAGAAUAUAAAUACAUAAUGACCAAUCGUCCUCGGCUCCAACCGAUAGAUGAAAUAUACGCGUGGGAAAAAAUAUACAAAAUAGACCACAAAACGCGGCCCAUGGACAAACGCCUGCGAUUCUUCGAGUUGUUUAAAAAGCCCUGGACUAAACGUUUGGAUGAGAGACCUGCCAGGUACAUUCCCAAGGCCUGCAGACCUGACUUGCCGAAAUACAAGGGAAGAAUGGCUAAGGAAUAUUGGCCUUAAGUGGUUUUGUUGUGAAAGGUUCGACCAAUAAAAGUGUUUGUUAAAAUUUGCAAA